AUGGCGAGUCUUCUUAAAGCCAAGUCUCUACUCUGUAUUUUCGGCGCUGUGGGGAUCACGGGCACCUGGGUGCGCACUGCGCUCGAUGGCUCCACAGAACAGCUGAUGAAGGUGAUGGAUGAUCCUCAGGGCAGAUUGCCCGGCUCCCAGGCUCUUCUCCAAAGGACCUUUACUGGCAUUCGAGAUCCUAUGGACCAUAUAAUUUCCACGCUGGUGGUAUUUUGGUACGAAGUGGUUGACGGCUCCCACCCCGCAUCCACGGCGGUGGCCCUUUAUUUUCUAGGGCAGCUGUUGCCCUGUAUCUUGAUUGCGUACACCAAUGGCCAACGCGGCAGCAAACCCAGCCUAGUGAGCUACAUCACUUCCUCGCCUACCAUUCUCAGAUCAAGCAACGCAGUUCCGUUGGAGGUUCUUCAACGCGUGUCAACCCUUUCCUCUCCGGCUCUGGUGAAGUUUCUGCUUCUGCCCGCCAUUGUGCUCGGCUACCUGGUGCCCGCGGGCUUGAUGGGUAUUUUCUCAUCCAGCGCAGGGAGCAUGGCUCAUCAGACUGCUAUAGGGGCCUGGAACAUGUAUCCUCUUUUGAUUCUUCCAAUUCUCUAUGUUCUUCGGGUCGUGUUCUCAUCAUAUCCUGUGUUCUCGACCGGCACUUCGGCGUCUGCAUCAAAGAAGGUCCAUCUUCAUGCCGUGCGGGCAGUUAAUCUCCCGGCCAUCAUUUUUAGCUUCGCUAUGCACUUUGCUGUCGUGGCUGUUUCCCUGGUCACCAUCCUAUUCCCCGCCAUCAUUAAGCCGGCUUAUCUCACUGAACUACAUCCCUCUGCUAUCUUUGUGCCUCCCUUAGCGCUCCCAAAGGCUACCACCCCCGGAGACGGGGUCAAGGGCUUCCUGCUUUGGGAUCAAUUGAUCGCAUAUCUGGUUGUGAUGGUGGUGGUGACACUUGAGCUGCAGAGUGCUUGGACCUCCACGCAGCGAGCCGGAUCUUUCUGCUGGUCGUGGUACUUUCCUGCCCUAUUUAUGACUUCAUUGCUCCUUGGACCAGGCACUGCGUGUCUGAUCGUCAGUUGGUUGAGAGACGAAAUUUUGUUUGGCGGUUGGAUUGACGAGAAGGAGGCCAAAAAAGCAGCGGACAAGAUCUAG